AAAAUUCUCUACACGCCGCAUUUCUUGUGCCUCGAUGCAUGCUGCACACCAACAACAACCUACCUUCCUUCCUUCAACACACACGACGCACACUUCUUCCUCACCCCUCAUUGCCGUGCCAUCGCCGUUGGGAGUUGGCCUUUUUGGCUUUGUCGUGAUCGGAGCACGCACACUCACAUACGGAGAGGCUCAACAACAAGCGCCAUCCUCAUUCCCGUCGUGAGCCGUCGCCCUUCUCUGGCAGCCCGGCAUAUUCUUGAGCGCGUACCGAAAGCUUGUACUCAAGCUUUUGGUACACGCCACCGCCCUCUUGCUUCCUACAAUGCUGGACGUUUUCACACUCGCGUGUCCUCCCGGAGUUAGCUGACACCCGCUCAACGCCAACGUUCAACCCCUCCGCUCUUCUUCUUCCGUCCCUCUCGCUCCAUCUUCUUCUUCUUCUUCGACCAUCGUCCCCUGUUUUUCUUCAAACGAAGGCCGAGUCCCGCUCAGGAACAUUCCUAAGAACCCCCUCCCUGUCUCACCCUUCCACUCCCCUCGACGUUUGCGCACUCAUAGCGUUCACCGCCAUCCUCCUCCCCUUUUCGCAUUGUAGCGUGUGCUGUUAACCUUCUUCCUUGUUGAUCGUACUCGCUGUUUUCAAGCGGUUGCUUCUUGUUCUCAAGCAUCCUGGUCUGCGUGUGGUUUUGUGUUCACAUCACACGCCAAAACGCAGUGACACAGCACAUCACACACAUUGUGACUCAACUUUCACAGCUAGUCUCUUUCCCCCUGCAUCACACACGUGUGUGCACAACUACUUGUUCUUCCUUCCCUCCUUCACGUCGAGGCUUGCCACUGAGCGGCCCAUCUCGCUCACACGCCUUGACCCCUUUGCCUUCACUUUACUGCGACAACUACUGCUCUCCCGCUUGCUCCCCCAUAUGGCCAAGUCGUAUGGCACGGCGCACGCGCCGCUGGUUGGCAGCUCACCAGAUCCAGCCGACUCUGUGUGGAGGCGCCCCUAUCGGGUUGCGUGCGACGUUCUCCCGCACGCUGACUUUGAAGACGAUGACCCGCCCAUCUACGUUGACUGCCGGCGGUAUGUGACCGGCAAGCAGCUGUUGUACUGGCUGCUGACGCUGCUCACCGUUGGGCUGUUGCCGCUCGUGUGCAAGUGGAAGCCGACGUGGUCUGCGAUGCUGCAGACCACCUGCUGCCGUGUUGGCCGCGCGGACGUGCUGGUGGUCACCCGCCGCAGCAAAGGCCAGGGCGUGGAACGCGUGCGCACAUACACACCGGCAGCACCCAACGCCGCCAAGAUGAUUGCCUUUGAGCAUCGCCAUGUGCGGUUUGUGCUGGACAUGGACACGUCGACGUUUGUGCGCGUGGUCGAUCUCUCGCAGCACACGACCAUUGCCAAGCUGCACGCCCUUGUACACAAGCCGAGGGAUGUGGAGGUGUCUGAAGACGAGUUUCUGCACGGUGCAAACAGCAUCGAUGUUGAGGUCAAGUCGUACUUUGCGCUGCUGAUUGACGAAGUGCUGACGCCGUUCUAUCUGUUCCAAGCGUUUGCAAUUGGGCUGUGGUGCAUUGACGAGUACUACUACUACGCCGGUUGCAUCUUCUUCAUCUCGCUCGUCUCGGUUGUCCUCACGUUGGUGGAGACGCGGCGAAACGCAGAGAAACUGCACGACAUGGCCGCAUUUCACGCGCGCAUCAAGCGCAUCCACCCCUCGCACGACCCCAACACCGACGUUCUCACAGAGGAGGUGGAUGCGACGCAGCUGCUGCCUGGCGACAUGGUUGAGAUUGAGGAGGGUGCCGAGAUGCCGUGUGACGCCGCCAUUGUGCUGGGCGGGUGUCUUGUCAAUGAGUCCAUGCUCACCGGCGAGAGCGUGCCUGUCACCAAGACAUGUCUGCCAACAGAUGCUGUUGAAGUGGAGCAUGAGUACGCACCGACGACACACAGGGCGCACACGCUCUUCCGCGGCACAUUUGUCAUGCAGCGCCGCACCCCUGUUGUGCGGGCGAUUGUUGUUCGCACGGGGUUCAACACGAGCAAAGGACAGCUCGUGCGGUCUAUCUUGUACCCGAAAGGAACGCGGUUCCGCUUCUACGAGGACGGCCUCAAGUUCCUGAUGGUGCUGGGCGUGCUUGCGCUGGCCGGGUUUGCGUACACGAUUGUCGUGCUGCAACGUCACGGCGUCUCUGUCGACCACAUUGUCGUCCGGGGCCUCGACCUCAUCACCACCGUUGUUCCCCCUGCACUCCCUGCUGCAAUGACGAUUGGGACCAUGUACGCGCUCGCCCGCCUCAAGAAACAGAAGAUCUUCUGCAUCUCCCCGCCCCGCGUCAACGUGGCCGGCAAGCUGAAGCUGUUCUGCUUUGACAAGACGGGCACGCUGACCGAGGACGGGCUGCACCUGUGGGGCAUGCGCGAUGUCGACACGACCACGCGCCGAUUCGAGGCCCUCAACCAGUCUGGCACGCUGUACGGUGCACCCUCGGCGCUGGGCAUGCUCGGAGCGUGUGCAUCGUGCCACUCGCUGGCGGUGCUGAAGAAGAGCGCCGACACGACGAUGCCUGAGCUGCUGUCGAUGCUGGAAGAGGCAGACCCAACGCCUGGGCACCGCACGCUGCGAGACGGCGCACCCGCGUGGUCGCGCAACGCCAGCACAACGGGCAGCAGCGCUGGGAGCGCCGUCGGCAGCAGUGUCGGCAGCACGCGCAGCAGCCGGAGCGGCAGCGGCCGCGGGUCGUCGCCGGCAAACGCAUCGGCACACGUGCACACGAACCACGCGCUGCCGCGGCAGGACCUUGUUGGCGAUCCGCUUGAAGUGCAGCUGUUUGAGGCAACGAGGUGGCGGCUGUCUGAGCCUGGCGACGCAGAGCACGCGUACGUGCCGUCCAUCGCUGCGCCGUACACGUAUGUGCACCCGCCCGAUGACCACGACGCCGCGUUUGUGCUGCAGUCGCGCAAGAACAAAGGCAACGGCAAGGACGCAGCAGCAGCAGCAGCAGCAGCAGCAGCAGCAAGGCACACGCGAGGACGACGCCAUGCGCGAUACACCGAAUCCUCCGCUGAUGGCUGCAGCCACAACGACAUCGGUGCCUGUGACGAUGAUGGUGAUAGCGAUAUCUGGGGCAACGGCCAUAGCGGCACAAAACGGACAACAGCCUGGUCGGAUUCCACAGCGCCAACCAGCGGGCACGGCAGCACCAGCGGUGACGUCAACAACGACAACAGCGGCGCUGAUGGCGAUGGUGCGGAGGAGCAUGCUGCCAACGCGGGCAGCACCGCCACCAACAGCCCUGCGUCACGCGUGCAUCCGUGGAACCAAAUGACGUCGUCUGGCCUGGCUGUGCUGAAGCAUUACACCUUUUCCAGUCGCAACCAGCGCAUGGCUGUGCUCGUUGGCUCGUGUGUGAGCACGCCAGCGCACGGGGUGCAGGAAGGCCCCGUGUACUGUUACGUCAAGGGCGCCCCAGAGCGCGUGGCCAAGCUGUGCGACCCGGCCACCGUGCCCACGGACUUCCACGAGCAGCUGCGCACAUACACGCAGCAGGGCCUGCGGGUGCUCGCUGUUGCUGGGCGGGAGGUGCCUGGGUCGUGGGCCGAGGCCAAGGCGCUGACACGAGACGUGAUUGAGAGCAAGCUCACGCUACUUGGCUUCACCAUCUUUGAGAACCGAGUGAAGCCGCGCACGGCGGCCACCAUUGAGAAGCUGUCCAACGCGUGCAUCCGCUCCCUCAUGAUCACGGGGGACAACAUCCUCACGGCGUGCAGCGUGGCCAAGACGUGCGGCAUGGUGCCGGAGCAGGGCGUGCUGGUGCAGGCGCACGUGAUUGACGCGCGCGAUUCGCAGUGGCGCAUGCUGCACAGGCCAGCAGAGGCGCCCCUGCAGCUGUGCAUGAACGGCAGUAGCACUGGUGGUGGUGAUGGCAGCCGACACGGACACAGCAGCGCUGCUGCUGACAGGCGUGAUGACGAUGCUGGCGAUGAUGACUCAUACGAUGACGACGACGACGACGAUGAUGAUGUCGCCUAUGGUGGAAGCAGCAGCAGCAGCAGCAGCAGCAACCGAGACAAGAACAAGAGGCGGGGCAAGAACGGGGCAGCAAAGACAUCAUCGUCCUCAUCAUCGCAAUCGUCAUCAUCGUGCACGUCGUCCAGCGACAGCCGCUACAAGCUGGUGCUGGAGCUGAUUGACACUGACGCUCGCGUGGACGUUGGCAUGGAGCCGGAUGGCCUGCAGUUCGUGCGCUUCACCAAGCUUGCAGGGCAGCCACCGGCUUCCACGUGGCGCAGCAAGCACCAUGCGCGCGCGCCCAAGAUCUCCAUUGCCGUGUCUGGCGCCGAGCUUGCCAUGCUGCGCAAGCACUGCUUUGAGGACUACCAGCGGCUGAUUGUGAGCGGCACGGUGUUUGCGCGCAUGUCGCCUGACCAGAAGACGCAGCUCAUUGAGGACCUGAUUGAGCUCGGGUACUGUGUCGGCAUGUGUGGUGACGGCGCCAACGACUGCGGGGCGCUCAAGGCCGCGCACGUUGGCGUGUCGCUCUCGGAGGCGGAGGCGUCUGUUGCGGCGCCGUUCACCUCCACGGUGCCGGACAUUGACUGCGUGCAGACGCUGAUUCGCGAGGGUCGGUGUGCGCUGGUGACGUCGUUCAGCUGCUUCAAGUUUAUGGCGCUGUACAGCUUCGUUGAGUUUACGAGCGUGCUCAUCCUGUAUUGGAUUGACAGCAACCUGGGCGACUUUGAGUACCUGUAUGUGGAUCUGUUUGUGAUUCUGUCGCUUGCGGUGAGCAUGGGUCGCACUGGCCCGUACACCAAGCUCUCCAAGCGCCGCCCUGCCGGCUCGCUCGUCACCGCCAUCAUCAUUGUGUCGCUGCUGAUGCAGAUCAGCGUGCACAUGCUGUUCCAGGCUGGCGCGUCCAUCCUCCUGCAGCAGCAGUCGUGGUUUGUUCCGCUCAAGCCCGAUGCCCACAAGGACAACAUUGAGGGCUUUGAGAACACGGUUGUGUUUCUCGUCGCCAACUUCCAGUACGUGUGGGUGUCGAUUGCAUUCAGCAUCUCCAAACCGUUCCGCGCGGGCUUGGCGUCCAACCUGUGGUAUCUUGGCGUCGUGGUUGUGCUGCUUGCACUGGACGCGUUCCUCGUGCUGCACCCGUCCGGGUGGCUCGCCGAUGUGCUGCAGAUUGUGCACCUGCCCAGCCCGCGGUUCCGGCUGUGGCUGCUGGCGCUCGCUGUGGGCAACUUCAUUGUGAGCUACUCGCUUGAGCGGCUGGUGGUGAUGAGCAGUGUGUUCCGCCAGGCUGUGCGGGCGCUGCGACGAAAGCGCGCGUACAAGAACAAGUACAAGGAGGUGGCCAAGGAGGUGAUUGUCUCGGAUUGGGCCGUGGGCAAGGUCGCCAUGCGCAUGGACAGCGGCACAGACAGCACCGCAUGAUGAUCUCUCUGUGUACUUUGUGUGUGUGUGUGUGCGUGUGUGUGUGUGUGUGCACUUUGUGUGUGCGUGUGUGUGUGUGUGUGCACUUUGUG